AUGGAUCAAAGACAGAUGCCGGGAGAUUUCCAUCACGAUGGUAGCGAUGUCUCCCCACAACCACCCCCAGAACCUACCCAGGAACUCCAGGCUGUCGAUCUUGGCAGGAAGCCACCUAAGCGGCAUCCCGCCGACACCCUAACCCCGGGUCUCGCCAACGAGGAUCUCUGGCUGCUCGUCCGGCGGUUUAACAAGCAAAUAUACCAUGUCAAAGCCGCGCCCAACACCACGGAGGAAGACCUCGAUCUCAACCGCGCGGAGGACGAGCAAUUCCCUCCGGAGAAGCUGCGGAUGACAAUCGAACGGUUCUACACCUCGGUUGUGAUCGGAGUGAUGGGGUUUUGCCGCCAUGUGGCGCGAUUGCGUUCAUGGAGGGAGCCGCGACGCACGGCGGUGUUUUGUACAGUUUAUUUUGUUGCGUGGUGGCUUGAUAUCAUUCUUCUUGUGUUCUCGGGGCUACUAAUUGCGUUGAUUCUGAGCCCGCGACUUCGCCCGCUGCUUUUCCCUGCGAUGGCUACGGUUCCUGCUGCGGCCGGGGCUGGGGACAAGGACAGUGUGACUGGUGUGCCGGAGCGCUACAAGGGCGAAGCUGCCGAGCGGGAGGCGCAGAAUCUCGUCAACAGCGUCGCCACCAUUGCCGUGCAAAGCGCAAGUGGGAAGUAUGGUCAAGCUGUGCCGGAGGAUGCGGAGAAAGUCGACGAGCCGGAGAGUAUUGAGGAUGUCGUUGAUGCUGCAGCUGCGGCAGAUGCGGCGGAAGAUAAGACGCAGAAGCCGAUGAAGAAGAAAGUGGCACGGGGUACAGACCAGGCGAUGAGGGCGAUCAGCAAUAUUACGGAUGUUUACGAGAAAUUCGGCAAUGUGUUUUCGCCGACAUCCCCAUUUCUGGCGAUUGUGCCGCGUCUACGCCUCGUGGGCAUUCUCGUCUCUAUUGGCCUCGCCUCUGUCAUCGUGUCCAGUCAUCUUAUCAUCAAAGCUGCCGCCUUUGCAAUCGGAUUGGGCUUCUUCGGGGGUCCGAUCAUCACACACGCCGUGGAUUACCUCAACCGCAAGAUUCCCAACUGGAGAGAGCACCUCGACUUGCAAAAGACUCUUCUGAAAGGUGUUCCCACCAAUGCACAGCUGACCUUGACGCUUCUUCGGAUUGGAGAGAUCAAUUCAUCCCCACUGCCUCCGCCACCCUCGUCGGAGGACGUGUCCUCAUCGCUGAUCGGCCGAAAGGCACAAAGCCUCAUCACGCUGGCGGAAAACAAGCUGGAUGCAAUUCCAGUUGCUUCACUCGAUGUGACUUCUGACAACCCAACUCCUCCAAGCCGACCGAAACGCAGAUGGCUCUUGAAGGUGCUCAAAUUCGUCCGCCGCACGAUCGCAACGGCGAUCAAGAGCCAUGUUGCAUUCGACCGCGCCAUGCGAAUCGCAAACUCGGCACACACGCGGAAUCUGAUCGAAAUGCUCCAGAAGAAAGUCUGGGUCGCUGCCCCAAGUGGACCGCUCAAGUUCGAGGCCAAGUUCCAGCGCAAACGGGGGACGGCGGUGAUUGACUCGUCACAGGAGCCGCCCGUGUUGUAUUUUACGACCGUGCAGGCUUCUGCGAUAGAUGAUCUGAAGCUAGAGCAUCAGAAGAAGAGCGCUGUCCUGUUUCAAAUCCCUGUGUCGGAGAUACACGAGCUGAAGAAGACGGAGGGGCUGGGGUGGAAGGGCAAGUUGAUUGUGGAGUUGACGGCAGGAAGCAAAGAGGCCGCAGAUGGACUGGUCAUUUCCGGAGGAGAGAGCGAGGAAUCGUAUCAUUUGACAGGCAUGAGGGCGCGCAAUCAGCUAUUCAAUCGGCUGAUCGCGAUCGAUGCACAGUUCUGGGAGAGUCGUUGA